UCAUUGACCUGUAAAUGUUUGUGUAACACAAACAUUAUAUUAUUAAAAUUUUAUUAUACAUUCUUGUUAGUUAGUUUUAUUACUGUGUUAUUAUUAAAUCUUAAAUAUUAAUUUGAUGUAAUAGGUUCCCAUUCUAAACAUUAUAGUCAUAAUUUUGUUUUACAAAUGUAAUCAAAUAAUUCAUUACUUAAAAUAGAAUUUAACUUAUUUUCCUGUACACCUAACAGAACCAAACUAAUUUUAUUUAAGCAGUAAUACAAAUUAAUAGGAAGACGAAUCCAGAGUGCUUGAUUAAAAUAGAAAAAUGGUUGUAACAAAUAUUUGCUGCUUGGGAGCUGGCUAUGUAGGGGGUCCAACCUGCAGUGUCAUAGCAUUGAAGUGCCCAGACAUCCGGGUAACCGUUGUGGAUUUAAGCCAGGAACGGAUUGCCCAGUGGAAUUCGGAUAAACUACCAAUAUAUGAACCUGGCCUAGAUGAAGUGGUCCGGAGGUGUAGAGGGGUCAAUUUGUUUUUUACUUCAGAUGUGGAAACAGCAAUUAUUGCGGCAGAUCUCAUUUUCAUUUCAGUUAAUACUCCUACUAAAGCUUUCGGCAAUGGAAAGGGUCGAGCAGCUGACCUGAAGUACGUAGAAGGAGCUGCGAGGCUGAUAGCUGAAGUAGCCACAGGUCACAAGAUUGUCGUAGAGAAGAGCACAGUGCCCGUCCGAGCAGCUGAGAGCAUCAUGAACAUACUGAAGGCCAAUCAGCGACCAGGAGUGUCUUAUCAGAUCCUGUCAAACCCAGAAUUCCUGGCUGAAGGGACGGCAAUCGAGGAUCUUCUGAAUGCUGACAGAGUCCUGAUUGGUGGUGACGAGGACUCGGCAGAAGGCAGAGCUGCGAUCGAACAACUCUGCUGGGUCUACGAGCACUGGAUACCUCGGAAACACAUCCUCACUACCAACACUUGGUCCUCCGAACUGUCCAAACUGGCAGCCAAUGCGUUCCUAGCUCAGCGGAUAUCAAGUAUUAACUCCCUAUCAGCUGUGUGUGAGGCUACUGGCGCAGACGUGUCAGAGGUGGCUAGAGCAGUUGGCACGGACACAAGAAUUGGCUCAAAGUUCCUUCAGGCCUCUGUGGGAUUCGGUGGAAGCUGCUUCCAGAAAGACAUUCUCAAUCUGGUAUACAUCUGUGAGUGUCUAAAUCUACCAGAGGUUGCUGCCUAUUGGCAACAGGUGAUUGACUUGAACGAGUAUCAAAAGUCUCGGUUCACAAACAAGGUGAUCACUUCGCUGUUCAACACGGUGACUGACAAACAGAUCGCAAUGUUGGGCUUUGCAUUUAAGAAGGAUACCGGAGAUACGCGCGAGUCACCUGCAAUCCAUGUAGCAAAGACAUUGCUAAUAGAAGGCGCCAAGCUGCACAUCUAUGAUCCCAAGGUGGAACACAAUCAAAUAAUUGAGGAUUUAACUCAAUCAGAAGAUCCUGAGAGGUUGAAGAAGCAGAUAACAAUACACAAGGAUGCUUACUCUGCGACUAAAGGCACCCAUGCUAUUGUGUUGUGUACGGAGUGGGAUGAGUUUAUGGUACUAGAUUACCACAGGAUCUACAACAGUAUGAUGAAGCCAGCCUACGUAUUUGACGGUCGGAAGAUUCUUGACCACGAAGCUCUGAUGAAGAUCGGAUUCCAAGUUCACACGAUCGGAAAGCGGAUAUCUCGAGGGUUGAAGAGAUCGUGGGGGACGAGUCAGCAUCUCCAGUUAUAAGCUAGGUUAUAAACUCAUGACAUUUAUUGUACUAAGUGCAAUAAUCAAUUAACUAAGUGUAUGUAACUGCAAUAAUCAGGGCUGGGCAAAAGUAUAUUUUCUCAAAUAAGUGACAGUGAGAGAUCACAGUUCCAAUACAUGAGCCUACGAUUGUCUGUACACUUCUGCAUCAUGUGUAGGCUUGAAGACUGCACUAAUGAUAAACGAAAAUUUGGAAGACUUGAUCUUUUCUUAUGACAGGAUCAGGAAAAUUUACAUUAUGGUCUACCCGCUACCAGGGAUGACUUAAAUCUUAAUUUUUACAUUACUAGAUUAUUAACUUCCAGUGGUCCUGGAACAGUCUGUAAACCUCAAGGCUGUAGGUUGUGGAAUCGGCAAGCCGAUUCUAGAUUCACUUAUUCAAUGUUGUGGAUGAGCCCCAUUACAGAGAAUUAAGAUAUAGUGGAUACAAGAUUAUGGGACAGCCAUGCGCUUUUAGCUCUGCUAUGUUGGGGCGGAAAAGUACCAGUAUCGAGACUGGAAGAGCCCAAACAGAUAUGGCUACAUAGUAUUGUUGUACAGCAGUUGUAGUGCACAGGGUCUUCCUAUAGCGUCAGCGCUAUAAAUGCGUGAUGGUGAGGGGGGAAAGGAGAGCGGGAGGGGACGACAAACAGAAUUUGCACUAGACACCAGAGGCUACACCACUUAAGUGUUCCAUUGAAUGUAUGUAUACCCUGUUUCUUAUUUCUCUGUGGCGCUAUAUGACAGUCUGGGGAAGCAGGUUUAAAAGUCUUGCAACAGCAUACAAAGGAUUCUGUUUAAAAAAAUAGCUGCUACAAAAUAUUGCACAUGUGUAGCCAUAACAGGCUACUUUAAAAGGGGCUGAGACUCGUGGUACCAAUUGUUAAAACAUUAUGUGGGUUUCUGUUGUGGUAUCCAAUUAUUUUUGUCCCCAAGUUCCCUUCUGGACCAGAACCAUAGAUUAUACCAUUGACAAUUGGAUACUGAAGUAGACAUCACAUCCUUUGCUGUCACAAAUUUUUAAUAUUAAAGAGCAUAUUCGUGUGAGCCACUCAGAGAAUGUGCGAUUGUCUAAAAUUCUCCUAUUUUCUACACUUAUUUUUUGUUACCAACUGAGUUGAUGGGGCCAUAACAGUUGCUGUAGCUCACAAUAAGUCAUUCCAUUAGUUUGACUUGGUAAAAAAAGUUUGUGUAUUUGAUAGAAAUCAAUAAUUUAAAUCAGUACAAUAAAUAAUAAAUAGUUGGCUCACAUCAACUACGACAAUUUAGUUUUUGUUUUAAUAGGUGACAACUUCAGCUUGGGGAUGAAUUGUCUAGUUGUAUCAAUAGUCAAAGAUUAAACAUAGUUCUUCAUAGAUUUAUCUCUUAAUAUUUUUACCUAAGAGGUUUGCAACAAUUUUUCUUUGGCACGUGAGUGAAGAACCAGUUCUAGAAUGAACUGUGAUGACAGAUGUGUGGAUGUACUGGAACAUACAACUCUGUUUGACAAGCUUCUCAAUGAUAAAUCUUGGAUGUAUUACGGCAAAUUAGUGGCAGACUUAAAACCGUAGUAUUCAUAAGUAUUUUUGUGAAACAUUGGUUUUUUUCAAUGUAGAGACCUUCAUUUUGAGACCAUUCAAGUCACAUUCCCAACUGUAAAAAGACAGUCUAAUCUACAGUUAGUCUAAACAUGUUUAAUAUCUUACAACAUCGAGCUAUUUGGUGAUGUUUACAGAUUUUAUUUAUUCUUUCUUUUAUGUGUUGUUGUUGUGAUUUCUUACCCGUUGAAUUGAAUUAAGUACAAAAAUCAAGAUUAGUCUUAUCUGGAAUUAAGUAAACUUAAAUAUGUACUAUAUAACAAAAUUACCUUCAGAAAGAAAAACUUAAUUUUUUUAAUUAUUACAGUGUAGGUUGAAUUACUAUGUUGAAAAAAUAAAAUAAAAAAACUGAUAAAUAUUUGUAACGGCUGGCAAAAGUUUCAUCUGGUCUUUUAACAUGUUCGCUACCGCAAUAGUACUAAAUUUUGCAUUCAUAUGGACCAGCAACACACAUUUGCAACGGCCGGUUUCUAUUCAUAGACUGGUCAUUAAAUAGACUGACGUCGCAUAUUUGCAUCGGUGUCCCAAGGUUAUUAAAAAGCUUAUAUCUUCGUAACGGUCUAUUUGAAGGCCCUUAAUUCUCUGCAGUGGUCUACAGGGAUGUCUUUCGCAUAUGUGCGUCACUUGGUCUUUGGAUAUGAUGAUUCGGGACGUCAUAAAGAUAGUUGGCAAAACUGUUUUUUACAUAUUGCUGCACCACUGGCCCGCAGUCUGCUUGUACUGUUAACCAAGUGACACCCGGUCUAUGUGUGUAAUCUUAAAAUGUAUACCUCGGGUCGUGGCAAUGGCCGCAGCGUCGCAAAUUUAUGGCGAUAGGUAGUGAACGUGUUAAAAUGAAUUCAUAAAGCUAUUUGAAUCUCACUACACUGUAUCAUGGUGAGUAUAAGGGUGGGUAGAGGGCAAGGGACCCAGGUCCCCCAAAAAUUAUGAAUAUGAAGGGAAAAUUAGUACCAUAAUAGAUAUUUUUUAUUAUUUAAUGUCAAAAAUAUAGAAGUGUCACCUUGGUAAAGUAAAAAUGACAUUCAGCGUAAAUUACCUUCUAAUUCUAAAUAAAUGUGGUCAGUAAAACUGAGAUAAAGAGCGGGUGCCUUAGUUAAAAUUACUUCCUAACCUUACAUUAUUCUAAGGCCCCCUCUUAAAAAAACAUAUUCCUUAUAUUCUCCACUGACUAUUACUUAUUAGAUCAAUAAUUUAAUUAAGAAAUUCAAUUUUUAGUACAAUCUUUAUUUAAUUUAUUGAGUAGGUAAUGAUUUUGAACAAAUAUAUUUCUAUAAGAAGCAUUUUCCUUGAUCAAAUGUAUUAGGUAGCCUAUAUUUAUUCCUAAGAUCUUAUUUAUUGCAAUGUGUAUGAUGUUUAGUUUUAGUUUUGUUUAAUAUGUUUUGGUUAAGUUAUUUCAAGGAAUGCACUACACAAAUAAGAUAUGAUGAACGGUACCAACAAAAGUAAAUUUAUUUAGUAAUUAUAGAAAAAAUCUUUAUUUACAGUUGUCAUGAAAAAUUUAAUUUUGUUCACUUGAAUUUGCUAGCAAAACAUCUGAUUUCUUAACAGUUUUAAAAAAUCUUAUUCUCAUUUUCUAAGCAGCCGAUUUACUAUACUCACUCACUCUAAGAAGCCUGGUUUACAAGGGGCAAGUACGGCGAGCGAGUCAGUGUGCGAGUUGCCACUCGUUUUUUAACUCGCUUGUUGUUGACAUGCAGGCGAGUCGAGUAUCGGGGAGUGGGUAAAAAGAGGUCAGUUGAGAGAGUGAGUCUACUAGUUUAGUUGAAAACUGAGUUGCUCGGUCCAGUAACUUCCCCACCACCACGAUUUGCCCGCAAAACAAAAAGGAGAGUUUAAUGUUGGUUUACUGUCCAAUAUGUUUUAUUGCGAGGUUAGUUUAGUAGUCAAUGAUUCAGUUGACCGAUCCUUGCCCUUUGUUGCAUUGUUUUAUUGUACCGUAUAUAAAUCUAGUAUCUACUCUUAUAAAAUUUAGUUUAACAAAUCUUUUUACAACUAAAUCUACUCUACCCUAUGUAAAUGUUGUUGUUUUCACCUUCCACUUUGGUCAAUUUCGUCACCAUUUCAAAGUUAACCACUGAAUUGAAGUGAUGAUUCAGUUCAAUUCUAAUAUUUAAUCUAAUUCAGUGAUGUGAGUUCUAAAUUCAGCAUUAUACUCUUGACGUGCCAUUUUAAACUCAAACAACAUUUUAACACGAAAGCUAGGAUAUCUGCCUAUGGAGUACCCUACACCAAAGAGAAGUUAAAAAAAUACUUCUCUGCGCAUAUUGCCCUACUGUCCCUGUCCGAAAUAGGGAUGCGUUGGGACAGUCUAUUGAAGUAAUUGGCGAGUUGAACAAAAUUAACAACUGGGCUUAGUAACUGGGCUGAACAACUCGACCGUCAUACUCGACCCGUGUAAACCAGGCUUGAGUGACAACUAAAGAAAACAAAAUUCAGGCCUACCAAUUGAGGAACAAAUUAUUUAUGACUGCAGCAGUUUUUGAGCUAGAAAUACAACGGAAGGUAGCACUGGCACAGAAACUCUGCUAGAAAAUCGAGACGCUGUAAAAUUUGGUUAUGAUGGUUAUAAGCAAAUCAGCACAUUGGCUCAUUUCUUUAUGUAUGUAUAAUCCCAUUAUCCCCUUGUUCAAAUGUAAGUACAAAAUGUACUUUAUCCCUUAGUAGAAAUUGUGGCCAACAUAUCACGAUUCUUUCAUUCUGUUGUAUCUCUAGCUAAGUGAGAUAAUGCUUUUUUAACCAGUUAUUUUUCGUUCAUGAACAAUGCAACUAACCAAGUAGGCAUAUGUUAAUUAUUUGUUUGCAAAAUAGUGCAUUACAUUUACGUUUUAUUAAAUUUGUACCUAUAAGAAGUUUUACCUGUCACAGAAUAGCAACUGUGGACAAAAUGUAAUGUACGAUUCUUGAACAAAGAAUCCUUCUCAAACUUGAUAAGAUUGAUAAUGCUGAUGUGUCUAAAAUUUUCUCUUGUUGAAACAGUAUCACCUGGCCAAUCAAUUGCAUAAAUAACUAUUGUCGUCAUUUUGAUUUUAUCUCUCUUUAAAGAAGUUGUUUGACCAACAACCCGAGUAAUAAAGUUUAUGAGUAAAAUGUAUAAUAUUUAUACAUGAACAUAAGUGAUAAUUUUAAAAUUUCACAUUAAGCUACCAAAUAUUUCCUUUGUAACUGCAUAUACUCAUUAGUUAAUACUCAAUUUUCUUUA